UAACUUAGUUCAUAUUCAGUGCAGGAUAAUAACAUGUCAGCGCCCUGAAAAAGUAAUGACAAGAUGCUUGGUGAUUUGGUCAAAGGAAGAGAAAAAUCAACACUUACACUGAUAGAGGAUUCUGUUGAAGAGCCAGGAAGAGGACUGCUGUCAUGUUUCCUUCUUAGUCUCUGCCAAAGGGUGGAUGAGGUCCAUGUGCUAACAUUUGAUCCAAAGUCACAGUCCAUGUUAGACGUAGUGCCAGCAGGAACAAACACUAAAAUAGUUCAUCAUAACUGCCAACAUGAUAUGCUCAACUGGAAAGAAUCAUCGGAGCUCUGCCUGGAUUCAGACCUGGCAAAGGUCAUCAAGGCAAAGGGAAACCUGAACAGGGACCGAAAGGUUGCUCUGGUUAUUGACUCUUUGAGUGCCCUCCUUCUGUUUCGACCAGUACCCUACACUUGUCAGACUCUGCACAAACUCUCAGACAGCGAUGCCAUGGGAGCUUCAGUCGAACAGGUUGUUGCACUGGUACAUCAUGAUCUCCAUGACAACAGUAGCCUCACUUUGGUGGAACACACAGUGUCAACUGUAAUUCGUACCUGGCCUACACAAUCACCUGGACAUGAGUUCUGCUGCAAUACUCUACAUAAAAAGAUCUCCGGAAAAAUAGUCAGAAUUAAAGAACAUUUCAACAUCAGUGACCAAUUUGAGAUUGAAAACAUCACCGAGCUGAAGACUGUUAUUGAUUCCACACCACAACAACCCACAAGCCAGGUUGAUCCUGCUGCAAAUUUGACCUUCAACUUGUCUUUGACCGACCAGGAGAAAAAGGCGCGGAGUCAGGUGAAGCUACCAUAUACUUAUGACCAGAAAAGGAUAGAAGCCACACUGAACAAGUCUGUCGGCGAGGGAAAGAUAUUCUACCAGCCAGACGAAGCAGACGACUUCGAUGAGGAAGAUCCCGAUGAUGAUUUGGACGUUUGAUGAUUCUACCCUUACUAAAUCUGAAUUUUACUGAACAAAAUCAGUCAAUGUGGAAUUUAAAAAAAUAAGAUCAUCACAAAAUAUGUGUAUAUCUUGACUGAAUGAUAUGAAGAUGUAAAAUUUACUUUCUUAUCUCAGUUUUUGAGACAAAAGUCAGUCUAGAGUAACAUUGUUAUGGGUACGUGGACUGUCUUAUCAGAGUGACUUAUUAAACUUCAUCUGUAAUCGUAGUUUUGCUACAAAUUUUUGCUGCAGUUUAACUUUCAACUUUUUUGUCCUCAUAAAGAGGGCGAAUUAUCACUACAAUGAAAAUAAGUUUGCAACAUGAUUUACAAAGGUAUAAAAUUUUAAGGCGAAUUAUCAGUGAAGGGAGAAAACUUGACUGAAAAAACAAUUCCAGCAAACAGUAGUUCCAGGGUGACAAGUUCCUUCUACAUGUACAAAUGUAAUUACAUAAAAUUAUGUUGUAUCGUUAAUAUCUUACUGUGUUUUCCUAUUUGCAAAGUGAAAUAUCAAACUUGCACUUUAACAUUUUUAUCCCUAUCUAUCAUACUAGGAUAUUCAUUAUGUUUUCAGUUUGUUCAUUGUCUUCCAUACUUUGAAUUUUGUUGGCAGUGGGAAAGUUUCACAGUGGGAAGCAUCUACAGUAAAUUGUCAUUUCAGCAAUGUGAUUUGAAAGCAAAAUAAAUACAUA